CCUAAGCAUAAGCUUCUACUGCACCUAUCUGCUGCAUAUCUUUCCUUUUCGCCUCGGCAUCGCAUCUGCAAUGGCCAACCACGCAGCCGCCGCUCUCCUGAUCGCGUCACUUCUCGUGGCGGUGACCCUCGCCGACGCCAGGAUCACCUUGCAGGUGCAGGGCGGCAACAUGAUGGAAGGUAACGCGGUGAGGACGUUCGUGAAGUCGGUGCCGGCGCUGACGUGCAACAAGGUGCUCGGGUUCCAGGAAGGCGACACCUGCUUCGACAUCGCACAGGGCUCCGGCUUGACCCAGGACCAGUUCCUCAGCUUCAACCCAAACAUCAACUGCGCCAAGGUCUUCAUCGGGCAGUGGGUCUGCCUCGACGCUUCCUCUGCCUAACCAUACAGGAUGCACCUAGGCAGCCUGACCUGCCUGCAUCGAUCGUUGCUGAAUACGGCUAUAAAUAAGGAGGCGAUCUCUUUCAUUAUGCCUCCGCUAUAUAUUUGUAAUUCCCUCGCCAAAAGAGGUGCUGUCUGGAGUAGUCCGAUCCGAUCGAGUCUGUCUUUUACCUUUAGCUGGAAAGUUGUUUCAGUUAGU